GUUUUGCAACAUGAGUUGCGAGCGAUGCGUGAAUCGUGCAUGAUGCUGGAGGAAGGUUAUCAGCCAGGCAUAACAUUUAUUGCUGUUGGAAAAGCAUUUAAUAUUCCGCCUGGUACAACUGUUGAUGUUGGUAUAACACAUCCAACUGAGUUCGAUUUCUACCUCUGUUCACAUGCAGGAAUUCAGCAGUUGACGUAUCAAAUGUGCCAUACGUAUGUUCGCUGUACAAGAUCUGUAUCGAUACCGGCACCAGCCUAUUAUGCUCAUCUUGUGGCCUUCAGGGCUCGAUAUCAUCUCGUUGAUCGUGAACAUGACAGUUAUAGUGGUGAAGGUUCGCAGCCUUCUGGAACAAGCGAAGACACAACACUAAGCAAUAUGGCUCGAGCUGUGCAGGUUCAUCCGGAUGCAAACAGCGUUAUGUAUUUUGCCUGA